GCCGCGGGGGGCCCCCCUCCGCGCCAGCCCGGCCGCCGGGAUGAGGGCCGAGGGCGACGGUGGGCUGGAGCGCUUCUGCAGCCCGGGCAAGGGCCGGGGGCUGCGGGCCCUGCAGCCCUUCCAGGUGGGGGACCUGCUCUUCUCCUGCCCGGCCUACGCCUACGUGCUCACGGUCAGCGAGCGCGGCAACCACUGCGAGUUCUGCUUCGCCAGGAAAGAAGGAUUGUCCAAAUGCGGAAGAUGCAAGCAGGCAUUUUACUGCAAUGUGGAGUGUCAGAGAGAAGAUUGGCCCAUGCACAAGCUGGAAUGUUCUCCCAUGGUUGUUUUUGGGGAAAACUGGAAUCCCUCCGAGACCGUAAGGCUGACAGCAAGGAUUCUGGCCAAACAGAAAAUCCACCCAGAGAGAACACCUUCAGAGAAAUUGUUAGCCGUGAAGGAGUUUGAGUCACAUCUGGAUAAAUUAGACAAUGAGAAGAGGGAUUUGAUUCAGAGUGACAUCGCUGCUCUCCAUCACUUUUACUCCAAGCACCUUGAGUUCCCCGACAACGACAGCCUAGUAGUGCUCUUUGCCCAGGUUAACUGUAAUGGCUUCACAAUCGAAGAUGAAGAACUUUCUCAUUUGGGAUCAGCAAUAUUUCCUGAUGUUGCACUGAUGAAUCAUAGUUGUUGCCCCAAUGUCAUUGUGACCUACAAGGGGACCCUGGCAGAAGUCAGAGCUGUGCAGGAAAUCCACCCGGGAGAGGAGGUUUUUACCAGCUACAUUGACCUCCUGUACCCAACAGAAGAUAGGAAUGACCGGUUAAGAGAUUCUUAUUUCUUCACCUGUGAAUGCCAGGAGUGUACCACCAAAGACAAGGAUAAGGCCAAGGUGGAAAUCCGGAAGCUCAACGACCCCCCGAAGCCAGAAACCAUCCGCGACAUGGUCAGAUACGCGCGCAAUGUCAUUGAGGAGUUCCGGCGAGCCAAGCACUACAAAUCCCCUAGUGAGCUUCUGGAGAUCUGCGAGCUCAGCCAGGAGAAGAUGAGCUGCGUGUUCGAGGACAGUAACGUGUACAUGCUGCACAUGAUGUACCAGGCCAUGGGCGUCUGCUUGUACAUGCAGGACUGGGAGGGAGCCCUGCGGUACGGACAGAAAAUCAUCCAGCCCUACAGUAAGCACUACCCUCUGUACUCCCUCAACGUGGCCUCCAUGUGGCUGAAGCUAGGAAGGCUGUACAUGGGCCUGGAGAAGAAAGCUGCUGGGGAGAGAGCCCUGAAGAAGGCCAUCGCCAUCAUGGAAGUAGCUCAUGGCAAAGACCAUCCGUACAUUUCUGAGAUCAAACAGGAAAUUGAGAGCCACUGAAACUAUGCUGACAUUUUAGUUUUUAUUUAAAUCCUAGUGCAGAAACCUUCAAGGAUUUGACUAUUUCAAAUCAUUCACGUCACGCCAGCAUUUCUGUAAACUCGCUGAAUGAAAUCAUGACUUGCACUUAAACCUUACACGUGGCUUACUUGGACAUGGGUCUUACUCUUUGACCUGAAAUAUCAAAUUCAUUUUUGAAUGCUUUUUGUUUCCCCUAAGACAUCAUGGCAUGGUUUCAUAUAUUGUACUUCGGACAGAUUGUGUUUAAAACUGUAUUUUUCCCUUCAUGACUACUGUAAUGUUCUGGACAAACAUGAAUGAUGAAAGAGAAUAAAAAAGAUAAUAGUAGUUGAA